GUCCAUGCCUCAUUCAAUAGUCGGCUAGCGCUCCAAGCAAUCCCGCAUAGGAACUGUAAUUCCAUAUCUGAACGGGAAUUAAUGGGCUUACGAAGUACAAUUAAAUAGACUUUCUCAAGUACUAGCUAUCAACAUACUCCAUUUAUUCUCAGAAUUUCCACCAACACGAAAGCUACGCAAAAAUAAACAACAAUGACAAAACUGGACAGAUCCCGCAAAGCAUUUGUGCGGCCCCAUAAGAAGAGCUACUGGGAAUCCCUAGGAGAGAUAAUGAGUGGUAAGAAGCAAGAACGCAGAGAGCACAAUGACCCUGCGCAUCAUGACCCUGAGCAACAUCCUCAUACGCCCUCUCAUCAUGGAAGCUUCCAUGAGCCACUGCCGCACCGCCAGGAAGGCUUCGAAGGCACGAGUCAUAACGGCGACCAUAAUCGGAAUUUCGGAGAAGAUGAAGCUGGUCCGAGGGGCAAUGCAACCCCUAGGUCUGGCAAUAGCUCUUUUUACGAGGGAUCUGGCUCCCCUCACUCUCCUAGCGUACGCUCUGCGGCCUCGGGAGGCCCAGCGCCCCAUCGCCGAGGUGGAUAUGCGCCCUCUGCCUACUCCAAUUACUCAGAAUCUAAAAAUAGUGGGCACAACGCCCCACCCUCCCGCUUCUCGCGCUUCGGAGGCGUGGGGCAGCCACUGCCUACACAAGUGCCCGAUACGAUGGGACCAGGACGGAAGCCAGGGAGGGGUGAGACGGACCAUCACGCGGGACGUGAGGGCAUGACCGGGCUGGGGGAACGGGUUAGGGGAGAGGAAGGUCCAACGGCUUAUGUGAGUGGCGGAAGAGGAGAGCGUAGUAGAGCCGGCGGAAGUGGAAGUGGUGGUGGAGGUCGUGGAGAAGGGGGUUCGGGGUGGAAGGGGAAGGGGAAGGCGAGAGGGGGUGCGCCCUGGGAGGCGGAUUCAGAGGAGGUGGACAAUGCGAAAACGAGAAGGGGUAAGUAGAGGAACAGGCCAACUAGGGAGAGCUCAGCCGCUCAGUGCUUUGAGGGCGUCUCGCACACUAAAUUGUCAAGGUUGCUUCUUUCGUUGCGUAGCAUAGAACGAGGCGGUCCGAUGGCCCGGGUGCUCGGGCCCUUGUCAGUUACUCCAUGGUGACGGUGAUUCAUCUCGCCGACGGCAGAAGUGAUGGAUCGUGGU